AGAGAAGAGAUAAGGUAACUGAAGAAGCUCGGCCCGGGUGCCUGGUAACGCAACGCUAUAUGUGCGACCAGACGGAACGCUGCCUUUUUGGCAACUGUCGUCCUCUUGAUACAAAGCACGUUUUGUGAUAGCACAACGAGCUAGAAGUCUUGGUAUCACUGCGAAAUUACUGGAGGCUGAUAUUAAAAGGAGAUGACGAUGAUUUGUUUUUAUUCAUGUUGUUGUUACAAAGAACUAUCGAACAAUUCAGCCUUAUGCAUGCCGGAUAUAAUUACUACAAAGCACACAAUUUUGUAAUAGUACAACAAGCUACAAUUAUACACUGCAGAAUAAAGGAUGAGACGGAACUAAUUAUGAUGAUAUGUUUAUAUUCGUCUACUUAUAUGAACAUAUAAAGUUCUGGAAUGAUUGCACCGAUGAUAUCUACCGGGUAUAUGCAAAGCACUUUUUAUUUUGGUGAUAGUAGAAGUCUUACUGUGGAAUUAUUGAAGAAUGAGAAGGAGAUGAUGAUGAUUGCCUUUAUUCGUCUACUUUAAUUUUGAAAAUAACCUCUGCUAUUGAGCCUCUACCAGUACAAGUUGGAUGACGAUCUUGUCAUAAUACACUGUGCUUGAUAUAGGAACACAGAACCUUUUUUAAUUUGGACUUAUGCACACAAGAACAAUAGACUAUAAUGUGCAUUUUCUAUCCCAUAUAAAUGGACGAUUGUGAAUCGUUACUUGAUUCGUUUUGUGGAAUUGUGCGGACAUCUUUGCAAACAAUAGGUAUAUUAUAAAUCUAUAAUUGUUCUUUAACAAUUUAUAUUCCCAAAUGAUGUGAAACUCGACGACUUUAUAGAAAUAAAUAAAUAAAUGAAUGAAUGAAUGAAUGAAAAAUACAACAGAGUUACUUCUUUCCUUCAUGGAUUUAAAAGAUUCAUCCCUGGGUAUUUAUGACAUAUUGUACCAUAACAUUUCUAUGGGAUACAUCCAUCGUGACGAUAACGGAAUACAAUGUUCAUUCGAGCCGCAGAUCAUUCACAUCAUGCAUGGUUGCCAUGCAAAUCAAGCAUCGAGGAAUGUCAGUGACGAUAUCUAUACCUGAUAAAGGAAUUACGGAUAUAUUUCCCCAACAUUGACUUUGUGAAUUAAGCCAGCUCCACAACUUGACAAUGACCCGGAUACCCGAACUCGGUGCCACCCUCUCGGUCUCAAAAUUGGACACAGCGCUGAAGGAGAGAAAGUCUUUGACUAAGAGAGGGCGCCACACGUCGCAAAGAAAGACCGAGAGAUCAUAUUAUGAUGCAAGUGGCUAUAACAAGACUGUUGAUCCCGACGGAGGUGGUGACGGACCGCUAAGUAUUACUGAUAAUAGCGCAUCUUCUGUUAAUAUAGCAAAACCGACUUACGAGCAAUGCAGAGAUGUAUUAAAGAAAAAGAGACUGAGGAAUGGACGAUCAAGCCCUGAUGAUAAAGAAAGAAAUAAGAACUUCGGCAUAUCCUCUACCGCAGCGAAGCUAUCCCCACGUUUAGCGGGAAGCACCGAAAAACGCCGAAUACAUUCCAUUAGGAAGGCCGACCAUGGAAAUGCGUUGUCUCCAGCCGAAUCGGAAACUCAAGAGGACGAAUUAUUCACAGACAUUGUCCAUGGCAGCGAUAAUGAUGGUGACAACGACGACAGUGAUGAUGACGAUGAAGAGGGUGAUGGCGUUUGUGGCGCAGACGGAAAGGCUGUCGGCGAUAGGAAAGUUAUUAAUGUUAAAUCUGAUAAAACAGUGAGGCCGCACUCAGACAGCCGAAUAUCGAUAUCGCAGUCACGGAAGGAAGUAGCCCGGAAAACAAGUCUCAGAUCGGGGGAAAUAUCCCACCCAUUUUACGAUACGACUCCACGGCCUCCAAACCACCAGGUGUCUCGCAACUCUUCAAGAGCAUCAAGAACAUUUCCAGAGGAAUUGGGAUCACCAGUUGGUGAAAGUAUUGGAUCCGAGAGCAAUAUACGACAAAUCUGGAGAAAAGAGUUGGGUCUCGACGUCAGACCUCCCCGCCGACAUUUCGCACCUAAAGAAUACAUCACAGGGUUGGCGGUUGGUUACCCGGGUCAGAAGGCAGCACAAUCUCAGAAGACAGUUACAACCACUGUAGUUCCCACUAAACAUUCUUUGAGUGAGAUCCAAAAAAGACGCAAGGUCCUUCCACCAAUAGACGGUAAAUCGAAAUCAAAGACCACUACCUGUGAUACCGAAAAACCACCCGCUCCAGACCCAGUGAAGGACAUCAACGCACUUGCUGCAGACCUAUGCAGAGGUGCCUCUCUAGAAACAGGGAACCGUGAAGCCGAAGCUGUAUAUCGAACGUUCCGCGAUGCACGAAAGCAUGCAUUCUUCGAUCUCGACUCCGACAUCGGCAGUGCGAGAUCGAAAUACCUCCGUCCCUGUGCCGCUCCGCCGAAUUCCGACGAUGAAGAGGGGGAUGGUGACGAAACUUUUCGAGAGGAAUGGAAUGAUUCGUCCUAUACACGCAUCGUGCGCAUUUCCUCGCCAGAGAAUAACGGCGAGACUGUCAUCACCCAUACGGUUGACGCAUCAAAGGUGUUUGACUUUGGAGGUCGUAUCGUUCGAAAGACGCAGAUCGACGUGUUUCUACCGUCCGAGCUACCGGAUGAUGACAUCCAAGGCGGGGAUGACGAAAAGGGCAGUAGCGAGAAUGAGGACCGUGAAAACCAGGGAAACGGAACUGAGGAAAGUGUCAGUAGUUUAAUCGAGCAAAAACAUAACAAUAGCAGAGAACAAAGAAACAGAACAAAUGAAAUACAACGUGAACAAAUUGACAAUGAUCAGAAUUGUUCUUCCUCCGAAGAGGACGAUGAAGCCUGUGAUGAUACCGGUUCUGACGAAAGGGACGAAAGUGACGACGACGAUGAAGAUGAAGAUGAUAAUUGAGAGGGAUUCGCGGGAAUAGUUACAGCAGGACAAAAUUGUCCAAUAGAUAAAACCUGAUAGGCCUCUCUGAAAGUGCAGGACACUGUUUUUUCAUCAUGAUAAAAGUGUUAUAAAUAUUUAUUGAAUAACUUAUUCAUAUAUUUAACUUAAAUACAACAAAAUGAAACUUAAGGUGUUUAACAAUCUUUGAUAGAUCAAUUCAAUCGAGGAUUUUAUACUUUUGAAAACAAUGAAUUAUUUUAGUUCGGUGUUUACAGAUGGAUCCCGUCCACAGAGAUAUACAUGUAUACUAAAUAAAGUAGUAUCUCUGUGGUUAGGGCUUACGAAAAAUUGUGAUUGAUCACAUCAACCUAAACUAUAUGGAAAUCCAUUAAUGUCAUAAUUUUCCUUUCAAGAAAUUUGCAGCAUGUCCUUUUGUUAAAAAAAAUGUAAACAAAAUGGAACAUACUGAAUUGACAAUAAAACGAUGAAUGUAUGAAUAGACAGAUCUAGAAUUUUUUUAAAAUUAAUCAUUUUAUAUGUUGACGUUGCUGGUUUUUCAUUGUUGUGGUUGAUCGGAUCAGUUGCAAUUCUUUGUAUGACAGUGCCAUGGUGUUGGUUUGAGCUAUGUUUUUUUUUACCAGCAUGCCAACCAUGGCAACAAAUUGGGACUGAAAUCACCAGGUGCUGGGAUAUCAGUUAUGCGAUUAGAAUCAUGUUUAUAAACCCAUAUUUGGUGUAUUAGAGCUCGGGUUACUUUUGUUCCAGGUCAAAUCGGCACUUGCAACAACUCGGCCCUGCCGAUAAAAAUAGGUGCCGAGUUGUCCAUCGUAAAACACAAUCUAGCCCUAUGGUAAGAUUGAUAUUGAACAUGUUGAAAUACAAAGAAUUAAUUGAAAUCACAGAAAACAUUGCAAUUAAUUUGUAUUCAAUACAAACAUUUGUCAACAAAAUAGCGAUCCGAUAUUAGACAACUCGGCACCUAAUUUUUCGGCGGGGUCGAGUGUUGUCUCAUGCAGGUGCCAAGUUUGCUGGUAUCCGGUCGCUACCCGGGAGGCAUGGUCGGCAGACUGAUUCAUGCUCCCAACACCGAACUUGAAAUCACCUCGUCGAAAAUGGCAACACAUUACGUAUUAAAAAAAAAAGUCGGUCAUCACUCUUAUAAAUAUUGGGUAAAAAUGUUCCAUGCGGGUAUAAUUAUGUAUCCAACAUUGAGCAUUUCUUUUGGGCAUUUUUAUAUUUCCAGUGUGCGGUGUUUAUAAGUAAUUGCUGCUCAUUUUUUUAACCUUACUGGACAAUAUGCUUCCCGCAUUGGGUAAAAUACUGCCCAAAAUUGGUUGGACACAUAAUUACCCUUGUGCUGGUUAAGAUUUUCCCAAAUAUUUGUACAUUGAAUGUUCCAUCUAGCCUUUAAUCAUCUUUGUAUCAUUCGGUAUAAUUAAAAAAGAAACCCUGCAUGAUCACAGUCAUGUGAAUAC